UUCUAGGCCAGGAGCCCCCACCCCGUGCUUUCUGGUCAGGCAGCCAGCCCCUCAGAGAAGGCCGUGGGCCUGGCUGGAACCUGCCCCCUUGGAGGAAGGGUGUUUGCCUGUUGCCGGGCACCCGGAUUCCGUGAGUUCUUGCGGCAGCCAUGCCCCACGCGCUGCCCUUCCUGCUCCUGCUGGCGCUGCUGGCGCUACCUUCACCUGCCUUCACCUGGUCCCGGCCCUUGUGGUACCAGGUGGGGCUGGACCUGCAGCCCUGGGGGUGCCAGCCAAACCCUGCGGAUGGCUGUGCCGUCAGCCUGGGCUGCCCUGGCAGCUGGAUGAGUGUGGAGAUGAGCCGCUUAUACCCCGUGGCUGGGGUCACGCUCACCACCACCAUGAUGCUGGUGCUUGGCCGGGCGGCGCUGCAGCGGAGACGCUCACUGACCAAUAAGGCCGAGCUCCCUCCAGCAGUCCCCAGCACCCCUGGGCUCCACAAACGGAAGUGCCCCAUCUCAGACCGAGCCCUACUCUGCGGGGUCCUGCACAUGCUGGACGCCCUCCUGCUCCACAUUGAGAGGCACCUGCAGCAUCUCGCCACCCAGCGCCAGUCUCAAAUAAAGGGAACGCCCGCCCAGAGCGGGUAGCCGG